UUAUUGGCUCUGCUCUCUUUCUGCAGCCUCUGCUUUAGUCAAGAAUGCGCUCAAGAGUUAAUCGAGAAUGUGGAUUUCCCGGGAUCAGAUAUAACAUUUCUCUACUCUCCGGAUGCAAGGCACUGUCAGCAGCUGUGCACCGAGCACCCCUCCUGUCUCUUCUUUACCUUUGUUCGACAUGACUGGACCAGAGAUAACAGGAACUUCUACUGCUACAUCAAGUCCACUCCCUCUCUAAAGCCCACCGUCCAGACUCCACUACAGGGUGUCACUUCGGGCUUUUCUCUCAAAAAUUGCACCUCAGAGCUUGAACAACCUAGUCGGUCUCAGCUGUACCACAACGUGGACUUCCUGGGGGCAAACUACAAAUCGUUGUUCACGUCCAGUGAUGAAGAGUGUCAGAGGGUCUGCACACAGGACCCUCACUGUCGGUUUUUUACUUUUGUAAAUGGCGUCUUCACACCAGAGACCAUAAGAUACAAAUGUCACCUUAAACACAACUGGUCGGUACCGAGGACUCCUGUUAUAAAGAGAAAGGUUGGAGCAGUAUCUGGAUUCUCCCACAAACUGCAAAUACCUCAAUACUUUGGACCAGUUUGCCAGGGUGAGCUUCUCUUAAACACUGACAUCCCAGGACACGACAUUGACAAGCUGCCCGCCGCCUCUGCUGAACACUGUCAGGCUCUGUGCACUGAUAAACCACACUGUACAUAUUUCUCUUAUACCAGUGAUAACUUCCAAUGUUACUUGAAGGGAAAUCCAUCUUUAAUGGGGACCACAGCCAAAGUGGGAGUCACAUCUGGGAUACCGGUGCACUUCUGCCAGAUGAAUGACAGUUGGCUUCAAGUGUCUCAUGAAGGAGUCAGUUUCCAAGGUUCUGACCUUCGCUUUGAGUCGAUGGAUGAUCCAGACACGUGUCAGAAGACCUGUAGUACAGAUCCUCUUUGCCAGUUCUACACCUACUUCAAUGAAUCCUACUCCAACUCUGAUUUCAGGGGCCGUUGUUAUCUCAAGCGUGUCAUCACAGCACCUGCUCCUCCCAGAGUUAAUAAAUUGAAUAAUGUCGUGUCCGGAUUCUGA